AGGAAGCUUUUCACUGCAACAACAAUGGCGGAGGGUGAGAUUCAGAAGGUGGAUCCAGAGACAGAGUUUCUAGCGUCGAAGAGAAAGAGCGGUAACGAGUGGGAAACCUUCAAAGAGAACGUGAGGCCAUUGAAGAGGGGACGCAACGUCAACCUCUUGAACCACGCACUCAAGUCUCACACCGACAACAACCUCAAGAAAUCCCUCCUCAACCACCGAAGGAAACUAAUUGAAGCCAUCGAUGAGUACAAAGGCGAAGACCCUCUUCUCCCGUGGUUACAGUGUAUCAAGUGGGUGCAGGAGGCGUUUCCACCAGGUGGAGAUUGUUCGGGUUUGGUUGUGAUUUACGAGCAGUGUGUGCGUGCUUUUUGGCAUUCGGAGCGCUAUAAGGAUGAUUUGCGCUACCUCAAAGUGUGGCUUGAAUAUGUAGAUAAUUGCUUUGAUGCCGAUGUUAUAUAUGCUUUUCUGGAUGCAAAUGAAAUUGGGAAAACUCACUCGGUUUUCUACAUUUCGUAUGCUUUGCACUUGGAAUCUAAGAACAAGUCCAAAGCUGCUAACCAGAUAUUCGAACUUGGCAUAUCUAGGAAUGCUCAACCGGUUGAUAAAUUGAAGGCUGCUUACAGAAAAUUUCUGGCACGCUCAGUGACUAGGCCAAAAGCUACAGAUGAUUCAAUGGAAAAAAUGGCACCUGUGCGUGCCUUUGGAACUCUUCUUGCCAAGGGAGCAAAUCAACGUGAAGGGUUUCUCAGUUCCUAAGAAUAUUUUCAUUCAGAAGUUUUGAUGAUACUCAAUUAUGUUGUUUUCUCUUCAUGUAGAACUCGAGCAGCUCCAAUUUCUAUUUAUAAAGAUUCAGUUGUCAGUGGUGAUACCCUCCCUCAUCAGGCAGACCUAUCCCACUCUUGGCACACACUUGGAGCUCGAGCUGAAAGAAAUAAGGAAAAUAAUGCAAUUCCGGCCAAAUGGAAAUCCUACAAGAUUCCGCAGCGACCUGGGACUAGAACUGGAGGGGGAGCUACUGCAAGUUCCUGUAUCCCGGUGUUUGUUGAUGAAGAAUGUCAAGAACGAAUGAUGGUGCAUGACUGUAAGUCCUCAAGUUUGCAGAUUCGACAGGAGGACGACAUGGACUUAAAAAGGGAAACAGAGCUACUAAGGAAGAAUCCAUUGCGCAACUUUCCUCAAAACAGCCUCCCCAGAUAA